GACGUUUCAAGAGCAGUGAAUGUAUUCUUUUCGUUUUUGGAUAUCGUAAAUUUGUUGGUUUUCGUCUAGUUUUUGUCAACGAUCAUGGAUUCGCCAGUAAGUUUGGUGAAAGUUAAAAAGUCAUUGCAGUUUCUAGACAUCGAUGCAAGUUCUUCGGAGGAAAAUAGCUUCAUUCAGUCGUGCCGAUAUAAUCUUCGCAAUCGAGGACCUGCUAAAUUUGUGACCAUGGUCGAGCGGGAAUGCCCUAUUUGUUUGUCCAAAGUGUUCGAGAAGCCAGUGGUCGUCAACUGUGGGCACACGUUCUGUGAUAAAUGCAUAAAGCUGCUGCUGGAGAAAUAUAAAAAUUGUCCCAUAUGCAACCAGGUACUGAUCAAAGCACUGUUUCUCUGCGAUACUUCCUACACGAUUCGGCUGACGCGAGAGUGCUGUAGUCCAAGGGUAACCAGGUCGGCUAAUCGUCUGAAGGGAAGAGCUAAACAUUCCGGUAAGCAGCAGGGAGACGAGGAACGUAACGUUACGAACCGAGGCUCUGUACCGAGGAGUCGCAAAGUUCCCAGUAAACUACGGGAGAAAAGAAAGACAGAAGUUCCGAGAUCUUGAACGUGAUCGAUUCGAUCCCUACGCUGUUGGUCUGGAUAUAUAUAGAGAAAUUUAUGUUGGGAUAUGUUUUGUUUUUAUAAAAGUAAUAGAAACGUGAUUGAUUUUAAUUAUUGAAAUUCUAGCGAUAAUCGUAAUAACGAUGAUGAAGAGCUCAUAACGAAUCAAGUUUCUGUAGAUGUGAAUUUCACAAACAACACUUAUUCAGUUCGUUUCUUUAUUUUGUGUUC